GCGCCUCUUUAGCCGACGCGCAUCAGUGACGUCACGGGCGGCGCCAUCUGCGAGCCCGGCGCGCCGGCGACCCCAGCUGAGAGAGCGUGUCCGUCUGGUGACUUUGCCUGCCGCGCGAGCUCGGGUGCAAGAAGUCUCUCCACCACAGACUUCGACGAGAGAAGUCCUGAUGGCCGAGGGCUGCUGAAGAAAGUGAAGAGCGGUAAAGCCUGAGCGACGCCCGUACCAAACGUCAUCAGAGCGCACCGGAAGCGGACCGAGGAUGAAGAGUGUGAUCUACCGUGCCCUUUCUCAGAAGGAGGCAAAAGAGUUCGAUGUUCAGCUCCCGGGAGCCCGGCAGGCUGAGGCCUUCGUGAGGGCCUUCCUAAAGCGCAGCAUGCCCCACAUGAGCCAACAAGCCUGCGAGGACCACCUGCAGCGCAAGGCUGUCGUUCUGGAGUACUCUGCCCGCCGGAAGCGAAAAGAGAAGAAAAAAAAAUCCAAAGGCCUCUCUGCCAGGCAGAGGAGGGAGCUGAGGCUCUUUGACAUCAAACCAGAGCAGCAGAGCUACAAUCUUUUUCUCCCUCUACAUGAACUCUGGAAACAGUACAUCCGGGACCUGUGUGGUGGUCUCAAGCCAGACACGCAGCCGCAGAUGAUUCAGGCCAAGCUGUUAAAGGCAGAUCUUCACGGGGCUCUUAUUUCAGUCACAAAAUCCAAAUGCCCCUCCUACGUGGGUGUCACAGGAAUCCUCCUACAGGAAACAAAGUACGUUUUCAAAAUCAUCACCAAAGAAGACCGCCUGAAAGUUAUCCCCAAGCUAAACUGUGUGUUCACAGUGGAAAUUGAUGGCUUUAUUUCCUACAUUUAUGGAAGCAAAUUCCAGCUUCGGUCAAGUGAGCGAUCUGCAAAGAAAUUCAAAGCAAAGGGAACGUUUGACCUGUGAGCUCUUUGCUACGGAGACAAUUGUUUGUGACCCCAAGGACUGGCAACACCUGAGUGCCUGCCUUUCGAUGGCAAGACGGCCAGCCUGGUUCCAGUUAUAGACCACCGCCAGCCGCUUGACCCUGGAGUUAAGAACAAUUCAUCAUCCCGGAAGAAAUGGACUACAUUGAACAAAGAAGUCCGGGAACGUAGGGAUGUCCAUGCCUAGCUGAUCCUGAACUUGUAUUGCUCACAUUAGAGAAGAGACUGGCAGAAAACACCAGGAUUACCACAGGUUGACUUGACUAGUGGCAUUAUUGGAUUUUUUUUUUCUUCUUCAUACUUUUCAUACUUUUUUGUGUUUCCUGAAUGGUCUGCGAUGAAUUCGUUGUUUACAUAAUAAUAAAAUAUCAGUAGGCACCAACA